AUGUAUGGGAAAGGUCCUGUCAUUAGGAAUAACAAUCAUGUUAUAAGGUGUUUUAGUAGUUCUGUAAAAGCUUCAAUAAGGGCUAGUUACAACACACCAUUGUUUUCUGGUCAUAAUAAAUGGUCGACUAUUAAACAUGAUAAGAUGAAAAAUGAUAGUGAGAAGAAUAAACUGUUCUCCAAGAUGGCUAAUCAGAUUUCCUUAGCUGUGAAGUUAGGUGGUGGUAGUACUGAUCCGAAUUUAAAUGUACGUCUAGCUGCUGCAAUGGAAACAGCAGCUAAAAAUAACGUCACCAAGAAAGUAAUUGAAAAUGCUAUCAAGAAAGCUUCUGGCACUUCAAAUGCUGAUAAGAGCCAGAUGGAACCUUGUCUUUAUGAAGGUAUGGGUCCAGGAGGAACUGCUUUUAUAGUAGAGGCCUUGACUGAUAAUAAAUCAAGAACAGUUGGUUUAAUACGUAGUGCCUUUACAAAAGCUGGAGGUUCCAUGACUCCAACCUUAUAUUUCUUCGAUAAGAAAGGUUAUGUUGUAAUUGAACCUCCAGAAGAAUACAAUACUGAAGAUAAGUUAUUGGAAAAAGUAUUGGAAGUCGAUGGUGUCGAAGAUUUGGAAAAAGUCAAACAAGAAGAGAACGAACCGGUGGAAAAUAUUUUUGAAAUCACUACUGAUCCAGUGGAAACCAAUAACGUUGCACUGUCAUUGAAAAAAGAUGGAUUCAAAAUCAAUGAAGUUGGUAUUGGUUACUUUGCUAAAUCUGAUAUGAUCACAGAAAUUAAAGAUGAAGAAAGUAAAGCUAGAUUAACUAAAUUUUUAAACGUAUUGGACUCGAUCGAUGAUGUGACUUCAAUACAUAAUAACACAAUGGAAUUCUAA